AAGUAAAUUAAAAAAUAAAAAUAACAGAAAUUAUAAAUAGAAAAAGUCAGGUUUUUCAUGAUAUGACAAAUACAAGUACAUAUAUUCAGAUCAUACCAUUUUUUUCUUCUAAAUAUUGUUUUUUUUCUCAUUCAUAGUAUGGAUUAAUAAUUAUAUAUCAAAAAGUAAAAUGAAAAUAAUAUUUUUUAUUGUCAUUGCAUAUAUUACGAUAAAGUAAAGAAAACUGGUUAUUAUAACAUAUUAACUAAAGAGAUAUUUAUUUUCUGUUAUAAAAAAUACUUAUUUUAAGCAACAAGUUGAUUUUCUUAAGUUCAAGAAAAAAAAGAAAUUGAUUUUAUUUAUAUAAAACGGAAACACUGGUUUAAUGUUCGCAAAUCAAAUAUGAAAACAUUAUAAUGCUAAAAGAAAUAUAAUAAAUGGCCUUGUAAAAAAUGGAAAUAAUGGAGAUUUUGAACUGAGCUUUGAGAACAGAUUUUGUUAGGGUGGCAGAAAGUAUUUUUGAACGGGUCAACUGAAAUAUAUACUAAAAGAAAGUUUUAAAUUUCAUGGGGGCAACUGCCCCAUACUUACCUUAAUUAGAUCCGCCCCUGUAUAUAUAUAUAUUUGUACAAAAUAGUAUAAUUUUUUUCAGAUAUAGAUCAUUUUUUUGACUAGGCUCUAAAAUGAGAUAUGUAACUUCCUGUGCAUAUGUCAUGCAUGAUGAAUAACAAUCAUCGUUGUAAGAGGACUCAUACAUAGAUUGGUCAUUAGUCAAUGACCAUUUAUUGAAAUUCAAAACAGCACAAGAAAAUAAUCGUGAGUGUCACUGUUUAGUUAUCCAAUCAGAUGAAAAGAAGAGAGUAUACAUUUCCAAUUUCUCAAAAGUCCAAUCAUAGUUUAUAUAUAAAAGCGACUUACUAGGCAGAAAUGUGUAAAUGUCCUCAUAUUAUAAAUCGCUCUUGGACUUUCUAGUUGACAGAUCAUUGAAGCAUUGAACUCAGAGGACAAUUGGAAACUCACACCUAUAAUUUGCAGCUCAUCAUUUCUAAUAAUAAAAACGGUUGAGGUAACAAUAUAAUGGCCGUUUUCUUCCAAGGAGAAACUGAAAUGAGAGAACCCUCUUCCGAUCUUUUUAUGGUGAACCUGAAUCCUUCCCCUGAUCAGACAAUGACCAUUAAUGCUCAUAACAAUCACUUCUACAACUUGUGCUUCGCGCCCCAACAACAUCCACAGCGAAUGAACAAAUAUGAAGUACUAGAUCAUAUCGAACAAGCGAAUUGUUCGGCGAUCUCCACGGUUUCAAACGGGAGAGUAACGCAAAGCUUCAGGGCUUUGGCUCCGACCUACUUAAGAGUUGCUCAAGAAUUGCUCAAUGAGAUUGUCCAUGUUGGACGCGGUAGCCGUGGCGCAAAACAAGAGCAACAAAUGAAUAAUGAGUCGGCGACUUAUGGAUUAUACAAUGGAGUUGGGAAUAUAAACGGUGGCCCUAAGCCUGGCGUUUGUCGGCAGGAGUUGCAGUUGAAGAGAGCAAAGCUCAUCUCCAUGGUGGAAAAGGUUGAACAGAUAUACAAGCAAUACCACGACCAAAUGCAGACAGUAAUCUCAUCGUUUGAGCAAGAAGCGGGUUUAGGCUCAGCAAACUCGUACACACAUAUGGCGUUGCAAACAAUAUCAAAGAAAUUUCGUGCUGUGAAAGACAUGAUAUGUUUGCAAAUCAAACACAUAAACAAUUUGUUAGGAGAAAAAGAAUGUGAAGGUGUAUGUUUAGCCAAGCAGUUGGGGAAGAUGCCACAUAACCAUUCAAAUGCUUGGAGACCACAACGAGGAUUGCCCGAAACAGCUGUUUCCGUUCUUCGGGCUUGGCUUUUUAACCAUUUUCUUCACCCAUAUCCAAGGGAUUUAGAUAAAGAAAUGCUUGCCAAACAGACUGGCCUUACUAAAAGCCAGGUAUCAAAUUGGUUCAUAAAUGCUCGAGUUCGAAUGUGGAAACCAAUGGUGGAGGAGAUGUAUUUGGAAGAAAUGAAUAUUGAAGAAAGCAGAAAAAGAGGAAACCUCAGUGAACAUGGUAACAAAGGUUCAUCCUCUAAGCAACUUUGUAAUAAUACAACUUCAGAUGAAUCGUCGAAUUGGAUCAUACCCGCGUUUCAUCAAGGAUUCAUCAAAAAUGAAACUUCCAUGCAAAACUCAUUCUCAAGUUGCAGCGUAAUGACGUUCGGGAAGCAACACGCGAACCAAGCUAAGUUGAUCCAAUUCAGUGGAGGAUUCGAAAACUAUCACGCAAUGGUUGGAAACAGUGUCUCCCUUUCUCUUGGCAUGCCUCAUUCUUGCGACCAAUCCCUGAACAACAUUCAGUUUGGGUCGACAAGUAAUGAAACUAAGAUCUCGGGCAAAUAUCCUCCCUCUUUAACAUAUCAAAACAUCGAUUAGAGAUCUGAAUAGAUAUCAUAAAAAUAUAAAUCUGCAUGUUGUUGUGGCUUCUUGUGUGUAGCCUUAGUCCAUGGGUGAUUUCAUAGGCAGAAGACUAAAAUAUAGAGUUUGAUAAAACCUGUAGAUAGUAAUUUUUAGCUUAAGACUAUAGAUACACAAUGGUCUUGCUAAAUUCAAGAUGGCAUAGUAUCGAUCGAAUGCUUGACAAAUGGGUGUAAAUAGAGAUCAGGUCAACCAUGAGAUCUCCAUUAGUGUGUGUUUUAUAAAUGUGUUCAUGUGUGUCAAUGUGUUACAACAGGCAACAGCCUCAACUAUCAUUUCUUAAGCAUACCUAUGCAUACGAGUUUAUUUGUUAUUUUAUAUAAAAACAUUUAAGUAACGCAUCCACUAAAGAGCUAUCAGAGCAUCCGCAACCGGAAUUGGGAGUCUUUAGAAGAAAAAUAAUUAAAUAAUCAGUGGAUUCCACCAAAAGCUAAGGAUUCAAUCUUUAAAAUUCCUAAAUAAGGACUCUUUCUUAGUGAAUCCUUGCACUAUUUGCGGGUCUCCACGACUACGUGGCGGCCCGUGAAUGGUCAUUUU